AUGAAGAGUAUUUCACGGCUUGACAUACGACAUGAAGCGUCUAGUGCAGUCGACGCCUUCAAGGUUGAGCUCUGCCCUAAGGAACAGGUGCACGACCGUAAAGUGUGUCCUUUCUACCACAACUAUCGGGACCGUAGACGCUAUCCGAUCACUUACAAGGCCGAGCAAUGCCCUCAGCAUUUUGAGGUUGACUCAAAUGUGAUGAGCUGUGAUAAGGGUGACCACUGCAGCAAGCGCCACUCAAGACUCGAGCUACUGUAUCACCCCACUAUAUUCAAACAGAGGUUCUGUGCAACAUGGCCUAAUGUGUCCAAUUGUGUGAGAGCUCGCCAGUGUGCCUUCGCCCACGAUAGGAGUGAGAUAAAUGGUAAAAUGUUUACAGAAGAGCAGGAGGCCAGGAAAGGAAUCGAUUUCUUCGUUAAUCAUUUCAAGACCCUUUGGUGCCCUUAUGGUGUUCAACAUGAUUGGCACCGUUGCUAUUACGCCCACACUUACCAGGAUUGUCGCAGUUGUGAUUGGAAAUCUCGAGGGAAAUGUCCUAGGGGGGAGCUGUGUGCUUUCUAUCAUCAUACAUCGGAGAGAAGGACUUCUAAAAGAGUGACAAUGCUGGACUACAAUCAGCCGUUGUCGAUCGGGGACCUAUUGCAUGAGCAUCAGCCUCACUUCUGGAGGCCACCACUGUUUUCGGCUGAUGAUAGUACCUCUAUGGCGACCAGAGGAAUAGGAAGAGUUCGGUCGUACUCGUCCGGUACGGAUAGCGAUGCCUCUACUGUGCUUCCUAUGGUUGCUUCAACUUCCUCUUGGGGAGUCCAUAGAUCGGACUCCGGCUCUGUCACUACAACGGCACCAGGGUCCACUGAAUUACACCCGCAGCUGUGCUCAUCCUAUGCAUCGAUACCAAUAUUCAUCCUUCCUCCAUCGGUAGCAUAUGGUCCUCGACAGAGUGAGGCGGUACCAGAAGGUGAGGAUCAUUCUGUGGGGGGCAUGGCUGAGAACGACUUCCGAUUUGUUGACGAGGAAGACAAUACUUUGGAUGUCCGCAUGUAA